AUGGUUGGAGGCACAGCGCUGCAGGAGCGCCUCGAGACAUGGGCACAGAGGUUAAAUAACCUCACUGUGUCUCCAUUGACCCGCGAUUAUCCCGACACACAAACCACUGAUAACAAGAGAGUCAUUGAGGCUUUCGAGUCACUUCGACUUCCUAAGGAAACUCAAUUGCACCUGCAGAAGGUCUCGGGCUCUUCCUCAGGCUUCACUGUCUUUCUGACUGCCUUUGUGGUUCUGGUAGCUCGCUUGACCGGCGAUGAGGACAUCGCUGUGGCCACCAGCUCGGAGGAGGAUGGCCGUCCAUUCGUCAUCAGGAUUCCUAUUGAUGCCUCGGAGACAUUUGUCCAGCUAUAUGCCAAGGUUGACAAGGCCUUCAAGGAAGGCGCUUCUCAGAUCGUGCCAUUGGGCAGUCUCCGCUCUUACAUCCAGGAAAAGUCCAAGUCCGAACGCACUCCCGUCCUCUUCCGAUUUGCGGCAUACGAUGCCCCCGCUGCCUCGCAAGAUUACCCGGCGAACACCUUCGACACCACUGACUUGGUGGUCAACGUUGCACCCGGCAACCUCUCCGAUGGCGCUGUCGAACUAGGUGCCUACUACAACCAGCGUUUGUUCUCAAGUGCUCGCAUUGCUUUCAUUCUGAAGCAGCUUGCGUCCAUUGCUAGCAAUGCUGCCGCCAACUCGGAAGAAGCUAUUGGACGCAUUGAUCUGAUGACGGAGGACCAGCGCGCACUCUUGCCCGACCCUACUUCCAACCUUAACUGGUCCAACUUCCGGGGUGCCAUUCACGACAUUUUCACUGCCAAUGCGGAGAAGCACCCCAGCAAGCUCUGUGUCGUCGAGACCGAGUCCAGCACAUCCCCUCACCGCGAGUUUACCUACCGCCAGAUCAACGAGGCCUCAAACAUUCUCGGCCACCACCUGGUUCAAUCUGGCAUUCAACGAGGUGAGGUUGUCAUGGUCUACGCCUACCGUGGUGUUGACCUCGUAGUGGCUGUGAUGGGUAUCUUGAAGGCCGGUGCGACCUUCUCUGUUAUCGACCCCGCCUACCCACCUGAACGCCAGAACAUCUACCUCGAUGUUGCCCGUCCUCGCGCUUUGGUGAACAUCGCCAAGGCCACCAGAGAUUCUGGUGAACUUUCUGACAUCGUGCGCACUUUCAUCAACGAGAACUUGGAGCUCCGCACCGAAAUCCCUGCUCUUGCUUUGCUCGACGAUGGAACCCUCACUGGUGGAUCUGUCAACGGUAAGGACGUCUUCGCCAACGAGGUUGCGCUCAAGUCCCAGCCCACCGGUGUCGUUGUUGGACCCGACUCUAUCCCCACCUUGUCUUUCACUUCCGGUUCAGAGGGCCGCCCCAAGGGUGUUCGUGGCCGCCACUUCUCCCUCGCCUACUACUUCCCUUGGAUGUCAGAGACCUUCAAGUUGACCCCAGACGAAAAGUUCACCAUGCUGAGCGGUAUCGCCCACGAUCCCAUCCAGAGAGAUAUCUUCACCCCAUUGUUCUUGGGCGCUCAAUUGCUGGUGCCCGCCCGCGAGGACAUCCAGAACGAGAAGCUAGCCGAGUGGAUGCAGAAGUUCGGUGCUACCGUCACUCACCUGACACCUGCUAUGGGACAGAUCUUGGUUGGUGGAGCUUCUGCUCAGUUCCCUGCCCUCCACCACGCGUUCUUCGUGGGUGAUAUCCUGAUCAAGCGCGACUGCCGCUCCCUUCAGGGUCUUGCCCCGAAUGUUGCCGUUGUCAACAUGUACGGUACUACUGAAACCCAGCGUGCAGUCAGCUACUUCGAGAUCCCUAGCUACUCUAGCCACGAGGGUUACCUCGACACAUCUAAGGACGUCAUCCCGGCAGGCCGUGGAAUGUUGGACGUCCAGAUGCUUGUUGUCAACCGCUAUGACCCCACUCGCCUCUGUGCAAUUGGUGAAGUUGGCGAGAUCUAUGUCCGUGCCGGUGGUCUGGCGGAAGGCUACCUUGGUUCUCCCGAGCUGAGUGCGAAGAAGUUCUUGACCAACUGGUUUGUCAAGCCUGAGGUCUGGGCUGAGAAAGACCAGGCUGAGGCGAAGGACGAGCCCUGGCGCCAGUUCUACGUCGGUCCUCGAGACCGUCUGUACCGCAGUGGAGAUCUUGGCCGAUACACCCCAUCGGGUGAUGUCGAGUGCUCUGGUCGUGCCGACGACCAGGUGAAGAUUCGUGGUUUCCGUAUCGAGCUGGGUGAGAUUGACACCCAUCUCUCCCGCCACCCGCUGGUCCGCGAGAACGUAACUCUCGUGCGCAGAGAUAAGGAUGAGGAGCCUACUUUGGUCAGUUACUUUGUGCCCGACAUGGCCAAGUGGGCCUCGUGGCUGGAGAGCAAGGGUCUCACCGACGAUGACACUGCCGAGGGUAUGGUUGGUCUUCUGCGUCGCUUCCGUCCACUGCGUGACGAUGCUCGUGAGCAUCUCCGAAGCAAGCUUCCCACCUACGCGGUGCCUACCGUUAUCAUUCCCCUGAAGCGCAUGCCUCUCAACCCCAACGGAAAGAUUGAUAAGCCUGCGCUUCCUUUCCCCGACACCGCGGAACUGAGUGCAGCUGCACCCCGCCGUUCCUCAUCUGCGAUGCAAACCCUGUCUGAAACCGAGCAAACUCUCGCUCAGGUUUGGGCCAAGCUUAUCCGCAAUGUGACCCCGCAAAUGAUUGGACCGGACGACUCCUUCUUCGACCUUGGCGGACACAGUAUCCUGGCUCAGCAAAUGUUCUUCGAGCUCCGCCGCAAGUGGCGUGGUAUCGACAUCAGCAUGAACGCCAUCUUCCGCAGCCCCACCCUGAAGGGCUUCGCCGGUGAGAUUGAUCGCCUGCUGGCUCUUGAAUCCUUUGCUACAAGCGAUGACAAGACUCUCGCUGGAGCUGUGCAAGCCUCUCAACCCGACGAUGAAUACUCCAAGGACGCUGUUAAGCUUGUCAGCGAGCUGCCUCAGUCGUUCCCCCAGCGCACGGAUGCCAUGCUUUCCACCGAGCCUAUCGUCUUCCUGACUGGAGCCACUGGCUUUUUGGGUGCGCACAUUCUUCGGGAUCUCCUUACUCGUAAGGCGCCUUCCACCAAGGUUGUUGCUCUGGUCCGCGCCAAGACCGAGGAGCAGGCCCUUGAGCGUAUCCGUGGCACCUGCCGUGCCUAUGGCUUCUGGGAUGAGGCCUGGACUGCCAAGCUGCAAGCGCUCUGUGGUGACCUUGGAAGCCCCCAGUUCGGCCUGACCCAGGCUGUGUGGGACGAUCUCACCAACACUGUUGAUGCUGUGAUUCACAACGGAGCCCUGGUCCACUGGGUCUACCCUUACUCGACCCUUCGUCCCGCUAACGUCAUGGGUACCAUUGAUGCUCUGAAGCUGUGCAGCGGCAAGGCGAAGCAGUUUGCUUUCGUCAGUUCUACCAGUGCUUUGGAUAAGGAUCACUUCGUCCAAGAGUCCGAGCGCAUCAUUGCCGCUGGUGGCAAUGGUAUCAGCGAGGAGGACGAUAUGGAGGGCAGCAGAGUCGGCCUUGGUACUGGUUAUGGCCAGAGCAAGUGGGCUGGUGAAUACCUUGUCAAGGAGGCUAGUCGCAGAGGCUUGAAGACCACUAUCAUCCGUUCCGGAUACGUUCUUGGUGAUUCUAACACAGGAGUUACCAACAACGACGAUUUCCUCAUCCGAUUCUGCCUGGGCUGCAUUCAGAUUAACUGCCGUCCCAACAUUAACAACACAGUGAACAUGGUUCCCGUUGACCAUGUCUCUCGCAUUGUCAUUGCAUGCGCCUUCAACCCUCCCCCUGCUGGCGUUGCCCACGUCACUGGACACCCUCGUCUCCGCUUCAACGAGUUCCUCGGCGCUCUUGAGCUAUACGGAUACAACGUUCCUCAAGUUGAUUACAUCCCCUGGUCCAACGCUCUCGAGCAGUAUGUCAAUGGCGGUGAGCACGACGACAAGAAAUCCCAGCACGCUCUCUUGCCCUUAUACCACUUCGUGACUGCCGACCUGCCCUCCAACACCAAGGCUCCCGAGCUGGACGAUGUCAACGCCGCCGCUGCCCUGCGUGCGGAUGCUGCCUGGUCCGGAGUCGAUGCGUCCGCCGGUGCCGGCGUGACUGAGGAAUUAGUCGGUCUCUAUGCCUCCUACCUGGUGCAAACCGGGUUCCUGCCUUCCCCGACAAUCGCUGGAGCUCGCCCAUUGCCCGCUCUUGAGAUCAGUGAGGAGCAGAAGAAGACCCUUUUGAGCGUUGGUGGCCGUGGUGGCACAGCAUGA